AUGGUUACACGAUCGAGGCUUGUGCGUGUUCUGCGGGCGCCCAACCCGCGAAUUGGCGCAAUUGGCAGUGCUAGCUUUUUGACUAGCCAUUCCACUGCUUCGGUUCGAUGCUUUGCGACUUCGGUACCCAGACUACUCUCUCAAUCACAUGCGGUCCAGCAUCUGGCAAAGCUCACGUCCGACACGUACCCUGAUAUCAAGAGAGAUGCCAAGUUUGCGUCGCUAACGGCAGAGGAUGUUGCUUACUUCAAAAACCUCCUCGGCGGCGAACAGGCCGUGAUUGACGGCGUCAAUGCUGCGGCUGAGGACGAUCUCAAGCCUUUCAACGAGGAUUGGAUGCACAAGUAUCGAGGUCAGAGCCGGCUCGUGCUCAAGCCAGGAUCGACCGAGGAGGUCAGCAAGAUUUUGAAAUACUGCAAUGACAAGAAGCUGGCCGUCGUACCGCAGGGUGGUAACACCGGGCUUGUGGGCGGCUCGGUGCCUAUUUUCGACGAAAUCGUCAUCAACAUGAGCCGUAUGAACCAGAUUCACUCCUUUGACGAGGUCAGCGGCUCUCUCGUGUUGGAUGCUGGAUGCAUCUUGGAGGUAGCCGAUCAGUACCUCGCCGAAAGAGGAUAUAUCUUUCCCCUCGACCUAGGAGCCAAGGGAUCAUGCCAUGUAGGCGGUAAUGUUGCCACCAAUGCAGGCGGUCUGCGAUUGCUGCGCUACGGGAGCUUGCAUGGAAGUGUUUUGGGCAUGGAAGCUGUGCUGCCGGACGGCACCAUUAUGAAUGACAUGUGUGCUCUACGCAAAAACAACACGGGCUACGACUUGAAGCAGCUGUUUAUCGGCGGCGAGGGAACUAUUGGAAUCAUCACCAAGCUGGUGAUUCAGUGCCCGCAGCGCUCGGCUGCUGUCAAUGUGGCCUUUUUUGGCGUGGAUUCCUUCAAGAAGGCGCAGCUCGCCUUUCGAGAAGCCAAGCAGCAACUGGGAGAAAUCCUCUCUGCCUUUGAACUGAUGGAUUCUCGGAGCCAGCAGAUUGUGCACGAGAUUAAAGGUGAGGAGCGACCGCUGGAGGGCGAUCACCCGUUCUACUGUCUCAUUGAGACCAGCGGUUCCAAUGGCGACCACGACAACGAGAAACUAGAAAAGUUCCUCGAAGACGUGCUGACCAAGGAGAUUGUGACGGAUGGUGUCGUGGCGCAAGGCGAGUCCCAGGCCAAGGCGUUGUGGAGCUGGCGUGAAAGCAUCACCGAGUGCAUUGGACAUGGCGGUGGCGUCUACAAGUACGACGUCUCGAUCCCACUGGCGGAGAUGUACUCGCUCGUCGAGGAUGUGAGGGAGCGCAUGGGGGAGGCUGGUCUGAUCGGCGAUGCCGAGGAGUAUCCGGUGAGCGCAGUGGUGGGCUACGGUCAUAUGGGUGACUCCAACCUGCACCUGAAUGUGGCUGUAAGACGGUAUGACGCCAAGGUCGAGGAGGCUCUGGAGCCUUUUGUGUACGAAUGGAUCGCGAAGCGUAAUGGCAGCAUCAGCGCUGAGCAUGGGUUGGGAUUGGCCAAGAAGAACUUCGUCAACUACAGCCGGAACGACACGGUGAUUGGUCUGAUGAAGCAGAUUAAGAACCUGUAUGACCCGGUAAGCUCCCUUGUCUCCUCGCGGCCGAUUUUGGCGAGGCUGCUGGGCUCCCGGAAUGGUUCCUUGAGGCUUUCGCGGCCGGGGGUCCCGGGCGGCCUAUCAGAGCGCCGGACGGGCGCAAAGACCGACAAAAUGGUUGGUGUUCCGGGCAAGUAUAAGGGUUGUGAGACUUGCCGCAGGCGCAGAGUUAAGUGCAGCAAUGAGCGGCCAUUUUGCCAGAACUGCAUCAGCAGUGGUAGAACCUGCGAAGGAUACGAAAGAGAGCGAGUCUUCAUCACCGGCACGCCUGAAAACAAAGGCCGCGUUGCUUCGCACCCAAAGAAGACGACACCAUCCAGGAAGCCAAAGGCAAGCCCUAGCCCAAGUAUCAAGGCAGAUGACUUGGAGAGCGGUAGCAGCAGCAUCAUGAGCAGCCCUCAGGUCUUCCAGCCUCUGGGACCACUAACGUCAGCAUGGGAUGAUUACAUUCGCUUAUCCUCCGGCGGCCCAGGAGCAACCGAGUUCCCCGCCCUUAUUACCGCACUUCAGACGAAUUUGCAAAAUGUCGCGAGACACGAAGUACCAGCCGGCGGCGAGAGUGGUGGUGAUGGAGCCAUCGCGGGAUCUUCGAGUGCUUUGCAUUUCCCCCCCUAUGCAGCGGCAGAGCUGCGAUUGGUGGCGGACGAUGCUUUCGGUAUGAAUGCACAAUGCUUUGUGCGCCAAAAGGCCACUAACGCUGAGCAUGACUCAACAGAGAAUUAUUGCGCAUUUCUUUUCGAACACGAUACAUCGGGGGCAGCAUGGAGACUUACGGCAGAGCAUAUGACUCGGCUUGGGCCGCAUUACUUUGCCUCUUUUCCGAAUCAUCAUUUCUUUGUGAGGGUAUAUCGCCCUGUGGUUGUAGAAUGGACCACGAUACCAUGGGAACAGCAUCCAAAAUCCCCCCUCGAUGAGCUGUUUGACAUUGUGCUUCAGCUUCCCGCUCUCCUCGAACAAAUGGACCGAAUCGUCCAUCUACAAGCGACCCUUGCUCGCCGCACGCAAGCACAAGAGCUCCUUCAUCACUGCCUGAUUGUAGAAGCAGAGUUUCGACAUUGGCUGCAAGGCGCUUACAGAGGAGCAGAAGAAAAUUCCUUUCCAUACUGGGCAGAGGAGUUGAGGAGCCCUGGUGGCGCCAUUCCCUUUGCCAACGCAUAUGCUUUCAAGGACGGACUCACCAGUUUGAUGUUCGUCUAUUAUUGGAUGGCCAUGAUUCCAUUCCAUCAGUGCAUUGAAACUAUUCACAUGGCUAUUUUCGAGCCGGUUGUCGAUGCGUACCCCCAGGUGUGGCCGGAACUACCGUCCAGCCUGCAAAUUGACCCGACCCACUACCAGGAUGGGCGGGAGCUGGCGGCUAAUAUUUGUCGAGGGCUCGAUUCGGCUCUUGAAUCCACUGUACAGCCUGACAUGCUGCUAGGCCCGAUGACGGUUGCCAUGAGCUUUUACAGAGACAUCAACGUCACAUCGCAGGAUGGUGUGCUUGAGAUUCUCUGGCUGGAUGGCUUUAAGAAGCGACUGUGGGCAAAAGCGCAAGCCGUCACAAGCGUCUUACAAGCCCAUACAUGGUCCGAGGUGGCUAAAUUCUAA